CAAGAAUCAGGGAAGCUACAAGUGUAGCUUGUUUAUUUUUGUGGCAUCUGCAAUGUGCAACCAACGAAAGACAACUCUCCCUGACUGAAUUCUCUGCACAACUCUGUCUGUCCUUUUCUCUACUGUUUACACUUUAAUAACAGUCUUUCCACAGCACCAGCCCAGACAGUUUGGAAUGGUGGUGAUGGGGCUUGUUGAGACAUUUGUAUUGCUCUAGUUUUGUUGCCCUCGUUGCUGGUGUUGUAAUUUAUAUUUGUGCCUUGUUGUCUGGGUGAAUGUUAAAAAUGCAAACCAUAAAUAAUUUAGUUUCAAAAUAAAUAACUUGAUUGGGAAAAAAUAACUGACAAUUUACACAGAUUUAUUUAAAACGUUGAUGUUUAAGUGAAAGUACUGGUGUUCGGGAGCAAAGUAGCAAUGAGUAAAAGACCUAUUCACAUAUUUUGAACUAUUUUCCACCCAAAAAAAGACAUUGCUUUUUAACUUGUGUUGUUCCUCAUAAAAUUGGAAGAUCUGUAUUUCUAGUCAGCACUUACAAGGACAGGACAGAAGAGGGCCCUAAAGACUAAUUUUUUUCACAGCUUUGCAGUCACCUCAAAACCCACGCAUCUGCCUUUCACUUAUAGCACAUCCACAUUUUGGGCCACAGAUGGAAGUAGUUCCUCUCAACAAUGGCACAGGGAGGCACACCACACCCCAAGGGAAGUCUUCUGUAGAAACUCUUUGGUUUUUACACUUCUCAUUUCUCCAGUAGUUCUCUGUGAGGCAACAGUUCAGGCUAAUACCACAGAAAUAUGCCAUGUCAGGGAUGAGGCUAUUUGUUUGAGUGGCCUAGUCAAAAACCAUAAGCUUAAUCCUUAUCCUAGCCGUUUUGAGGGUAUUCAACUGCUUUUGCUGCUUUUGUGUGAAAGUAACUGCCUAGUGAAAAUAUCUGUUAAAACAAAUUCUCUCGUCCAUAUUAUUCGAACAAACUUAACAAAGAAAGACUUGAAAGGAGAACUCCUCAUUUGGAGCUACUUUUGGACAGAUGAACAAACUGCUGCUCAAACGUAGAAAAUCAGUGUUCGAUAGGACAAAACAACACUUAGUUUUAAGAAAAGAAGGAUUUAUUUUACAACCCCUUGCAGUAUUUUUGAGAUUUUAAUUAAAAAUGGAGCCGCAAUUUUGUCAUCCACUCUGGGAAACCAACUUUCUUCUUCUUGAAAUAAGCAUGUUUAACUGGCACCAGCCAUUUAGUGUCUGUUACAAAACGUGUGGACUAAAAUACCUUGUUUUUCUCAUUUGAAAUCUAUUUUCAUCGCCCACGCUGUUGGUGGCAGUAAUUCCCCAUCCUCUGGCCUCUGCUGGCGUGUCACAACAGUGUCAGUAGUCUGUGGCUGUGUGAUCUUCAGUUCAGCGGGGAUCCUGUGGGAGAGGACAUUUAUGUCUAACGUAUCAGCAACGGUGACUUUUCAGGAAAGCUGUGGUUCCUCCUCUGCCACACCGUCUGCGAGGGAAUUGGUGAGGAUUCUGUAUGGUGGUAAAAGGUUUAACAACCCAGUGAAUGAAGUUUGGCCUAACCUGUUCAUUGGGGACAUGUCUGUAGCCAAUGAUCGAUACAGUGUUUGGAAGCUCGGCAUCACCCAUGUCCUGAAUGCCGCCCACGGGAGGCAGCACAGCCAAGGGAGCAACGCUUUCUACGGGCCUGCGAUGCUCUACCAUGGAGUGCCAGCCGAUGAUUCACCGUCCUUUGACCUUUCCCAGUAUUUCUAUUCCACGGCCGACUACAUCCAGGAUGCACUGGACACACCGCACGCCAGAAUCCUGGUGCACUGUGCAGUUGGUGUGAGUAGAUCUGCCUCCCUUGUUCUGGCCUACUUAAUGAUUCAUCACCACUACUCCUUACUGGAUGCCAUCACUAAGGUCAAAGAGCAUAGAUGGAUAUUUCCAAACAUGGGAUUCCUGAAACAACUCAGAGUGCUGGAUGAGAAACUGCACACAGAGAGAUAUGAGAAAAAAUUUAUAUGAAGACAGCCAGGUCAACAUUGUACUACAUAGAGCUCUGUGACACUUUGAACAAGAGUCAAGUGAUGAUUUGUCUUUUUCUUCAGUCAAUUCUAUAUUUCUUAUAUUGAUUACCUUUUUGAUGCAGUACUGAAAAUAAAAGUAGAUAUGUCAAGAUGAUGAUGAUGAUUAGGGCAAAGUUGCUUUCAACAGAAUAGUUGGAAAACUUCCACAAUGUCAUUGUAAUAAGAUUAAUUAUAUUUCUCCCAUGCACAUUGAUGUAAAAAUAACUUUAUAUUUUCUAAUUGUCCGUACUCGGGUGAGGGUUGUUGCUAGUGUUAGCAAGCUAGCAACGGACUGACAUCUUAGACAUGACACCUCCAACUCCACUCAGAAAAGGAAAUAUAUGUCUCAGGAAUUGAAUCAAACAAUUGUGGACCAUCAGGACAAACCAACUUAGAUAUCUAGAUUCAGACAACUUUGUUUUGUGAAUUUGUCUUCUAAUGAGAGGUAAAACAACCAAACCACUGGAUAUAUAUUUUUUUAAAUUGUACUUCAACACUUAUAAUGAGGAAUAAAAUCAUCUGAGUUCACCAGCCGCUUUAUCUCUGUG